CGGGAACGCCUAGAAUCACCGUGGUCAUGGAGGUCGCCAAUUAAUGCUACACAACAGGACUGCGACGAUGAAUCUCUGCCGAAUUUAGGAUACACGACCAUGUCUUGCUGCAUGGGGGGUAGACAAGUUUGGAAACGCCAGAGACCUCGGGUUUGGUCAAUGGGACCCUGGUUCCCCUCUUCGAAUACUGCAUUGGUUAACACUCAUACCUCAUUCAGCUGAAGAUACUCCAGUGCCGCGAUGCCUUCAAGGACUAGGAGGUAGGUUUGAACAAGGUUCCCCGCAAUCGAUGAGAAUCGACUGCAAGAUGGAUGGUAAGAACCUACCAUCUCCCGUGUUGAUCAAAUUAAGCGUACCCCAAUAGUAUAGGGGGGUUAUUAUGAAGAGUUGGAGAUAUCCUUGCUGCGUCGUGGCUAUAAGUCGUAUUAGCCGCCCCUUACGAAGGAUUUGCCUGGUAGGUGCUAAUCUUCUGCAGUAUCGAACUCCUACGGAAUCAAAAAGGACUCCAUCAUCAUGGGACUCGGGGUUCUCGAGGACAGGCAUCUUUCUCAUGUGCCUGGCACAGCUCUUCUGACAGAUGUCGUCGGUUCUGAUAACUAUCGCCGUCAUGGCGAGCUCGCCUCGGCCCUGCGCCACGGAAAGGGCAAAGACUCGGAUGUCGUGUUGGUACCGCAACCUAGCAACAGUCCAAAUGACCCAUUAAAUUGGCCUCUAUGGAAGAAAGAUCUCAUGCUAUUCUUCAUAUGUAUUGAUACGGCUGUCGUGGGCGCUUGGGGGCCAAUGAUCACUCCAGGUUUCGUCGAAAUGACCUCCCAGUUCGGAAUCUCGUAUAACAAGCUCAAUGGUGAUCUUGGAUAUGGUAUCCUCAUGAUUGGACUGUCAUGUUUCUUCACCAAUUCCAUGGCUGUUGUCUGGGGCCGUAGGCCCGUCUUUCUCCUCGGUAACCUGCUACUAUUCAUCAGCAGUAUUGGAGGAUACUACUCGCAUACUUUCAAUAGUUUGCUUGGCUUCCGGCUUGUGGGGUGUAUAGGCAUGUCCCCGUUUGAAGUUUUGGUAACCACGACGAUAGCGGACAUUUAUUUUGUACACCAACGCGGAGUCCGGCUCGCAGCCUGGGGCCUCUGUCUUUCAAUUGGAGUUGGGGGCGGUACGAUUAUCUCCGGUUACAUCAUCCAAAACCUGGGCUGGAACUGGACCUAUGGCAUAUGCGCAAUCAUGUUCGGAGUAUGGAUAAUCGUUCUAUUCCUUUUCUGUCCCGAGACCGCAUAUAGAAGGGACGAUUCUUUGAAUACGGAUCUCGGGUUAGGGCCGAGCAACAAAGAAGAGCUAGCCAAGGACAACAACCCGAAGACGAAGUCCGACAGCGAAUCGCCCAGGGCUGAGAACGUUGAGAUUCAAAUUGAAGUUAUAGAAAGUGCUGUGGCCGAUAUUGCGUGGUCGGAAAAGAAGCAUAGUUACUGGCAUGAUUUGAAAAUAUUCCACGGAAGAGUAUCGGAUGAUCCGUUCUGGAAAGUUCUCACCAGACCAUUGAUGAUGCUCAUAUUCCCGCAAGUCCUAUUCUCAUUUUUCGCGUACGGACUUACGACCUCUUGGCUGGUGGUGGUGGGCUCCGUAUUGGCUCAGCUAUUCACAGCUCCCCCGUACAACUUUAGCGUUUCUGGAGUCGGGCUUGUUUCGAUCGCUUCACUUAUCGGCGCAAUCGUGGGAGCUUUUAUAUCUGGGCCUAUCGCAGACUGGAUCAUUAAGGCGAUGUCGAGGAGAAACGGAGGUAUAUAUGAGCCCGAGUUCAGACUCGUCCUCAUCAUCAUUACUCUGAUUCUUGGGGGCCUAUCUUUCUUCGGGUUUGGAUGGUCGUUACAAGAGCAAGACCCCUGGAUUGCGCCCGUGAUAUUCUAUGGAUUGCAGUAUUUCAGUGUGGGGUUCAUGACCAUUGCUGUCUAUGGUUAUUUGACAGACUGCCAUCGUGACAAAGCUCCAGAGGCAUUUGCGGCGAUCAAUCUGAGGAAUAUCUAUUCGUUCGGCAUGAACUACUUUAUAUCCGAUUGGAUUAGUAGCCAGGGCCCAAAGGAGGUAUUUUGUAUAAUCGGGGGUGUGCACGUCUUCAUCUGCAUCUGCGCAAUCCCGAUGUAUAUCUUCGGAAAGAGAUGUAGGAGCUGGACAAGUCGUGUAAAGAUGUUCGAGAAAAUCAUGCAGGCAUAGGGGUUAGAUUAGGUAGUGGACUCCUAUCUAGUUAGUGACAAUGCGCCUUGCUAUACCUUAUGCAAGAGAAUGUCGAGGAGAAGGCUUUGGAUCCGCAAGACAAACCAU